UAUGUUUAUCAUCGAAAAAUAGCUUUAAAUUUUGGAAUGUGAAAAUUCAACGAUUUAGUUACUUUUCAGCGAAGAAUUUCCUAUCGAUAUUGUACUUGGACUGGACAAAAUAUCACAAAUCUACAAGAUUAUCAUCGAAACUGACGAGCAGUACACACCCUCAAAAGUGGAAGUAUGCAUGGGACUCGGAGAUGAUACUCUCGACAGAAAUUACAAGAAUGCACGAAUGGCGGAGUUCAGUGAGAUCGUAGAGCUGGAGUUCGAUGGUGGUCAGAGGAUUGCCAAUAGAAUGGAAUUGAGGUAG